AUGACAUUUGACAACAAUUCAGGGAGGAAGGCUAGCGUCGAAUGCGCGAAAGAAUCGAACAAUACAUUCGCAGGAUACUACUUGGAUGGUUUUCUUGAGGGGUGCGGAGGAGACAAGGUUUUACGCGAGCAAAUUGAUGAGCUGAAGGUGUCUGCCACCGCAGGAGAAGGGGUUGCCCCCGGAGAAGGGGUUGCCUCCGGAGAGGGGAUUGCCCCCGGAGAAGGGGUUGCCCCCGGAGAGGGGAUUGCCCCCGGAGAGGGGAUUGCCCCCGGAGAGGGGAUUGCCCCCGGAGAAGGGAUUGCCCCCGGAGAAGGGGUUGCCCCCGGAGAAGAGAGAACGGCAGCGGGUCGUGAGAUAGUGGCGUCUGCACAUGGGGGUUUUGGGAGUAUGUUGGAGCUGUUGAGUUUAGAUGUGGAUAUGGUGCAGUUGGGCUUUCCUUCUGAGAUGGCUAGUGACUAUGAGAUGAUGUUGAUGAAAAUGAUUCCUAGUAGCACACGUGUGUGUGAUUAUUUUGGAUUUGAAUCUCCUUACUUUGAGCCUCGAUCCACGGCGGUUUGUAUCAAUACUCAGGGGGAGGAAGAUGCGCUGGAUGUGGUUAUGCAAGCGGAAGACAUUGAUCUUAGUAAUGUGCGUUACCGCACAUUGAAUAUGAAGGAUACGAAGCUAUCUGGCAAUACCGAGAGCGCCACAUGUUUGACUGCUAUUUUAAAACACGUGGGGCAACCGCAAUGUGUCGUCGCCAAAGAUUAUUCCUUUGGAGCACUCCAUCACAUGGCCGUCUGCAAUGAAGCUAACGUCCUCCACAUACUCGAAUGGCAUAACUGGACCUUAAUCGGCCUAUUCUUCAAGAUCGCCGCGCAAGUUAAAAAGCUGAAGGGCAACAACAAGUUCAAACAGUACCUCAGAUGGGUCGGCCUAGUCAAUGAUAUCAACAAAAAAGCAGUAAUCAAAAGGGAUGCCUAA